AAACCUUACCAUUUCAGUUGGCUUUUGUUGUUGAACUAGUGCUGCGACAGUCGUUUGUCUGCGUUUAGUGAAGUCAUCAAUUUAAAAAAGUUGACAUCAGCCAUGGCAUCUUUACGAUUCGUUUGGAUAGUUUGUCUAGUGUACAUUUGUGCUGUCAACUCAGCGAAAUCAAGAAAAAAAUCAGUCGUUUUAUCCGACGUCUGUUCGAGUGUGUAUACGCAGACAGAAUAUAACACACGAGACGAAUACUACCGUCGUGUAAAGGAUCCCCAUAACCACAUCACAACACGUCUCAUGCGCUACUUUACUUUUGGUGGCAUUUUGCAAGCAAUUUCGGAGGAAACGGGAAUCCCUCGUGAUAAACUGGUUGAAAAGGGUGCGAGUCAAUUCCAAGAUCAGUCCAGCGGUCUCGGUCAAACCAUUCACGCGGCACACAUCAUCCGCGUAGGUGCUAUUAAUAGCGGACUGAAGAAUAAGAAUCCAUCGCUAAACAGAGGAUUGCAGAACUAUAUUGGACACACGCAAAAUGUGCUACGUAUCGUCAAUGUAUGGCAUGGAGUUGGAGGAGCAAUAGACCGGUAUCAAUCGGACAAUCUAAACACUUUAUCUACAAUAGACUUUGAUGGACUAUCCACACAGUCAUUGGAUGUCAUUGAGCAAUUAAGAGAAGAUUUCUUCAAAAUUGUAGAUCAAUAUGCGCAAACAAUACCGAAUGAACAAUCAAACAAUAGCGAUCUUGAAACAGACAGGGAAAUUGUACAUUUGUUAAAUGAUUGCAUGUUGUUUGAAAAUGGAACUUUAGGGUAUGGCAUGGUAAAGGAUGGAACGUUUGUAGACCGUUACGCUAGAGCAUAGGAUAUAGUAUGUCCUGGUCGUUUUUUUCAGAGAGUGAAAUACAAUGGAGAAGAAAAACAUAGAAACACAGAAGAACAAAUGUUUAAUUCUUUCAAUUGAUUGAUUUUACACAGAAAAAUAAAGUUGCAAAGUACAUCUUUUGAGCAGACUUUUUGAGUAA